AAGGCGUAUCAGCAACACCAAAACAUGGUUACACGUGUUUAAAUUUGUCCGUAUAAACUUUUAUCGUAUCGGCUUUUCUUUGCAGCUACAACUCGUCGUAAAGAACGUUGCACGACUUAAUGAAACACGUGUUCUCACUGGAGGAGUGAAUUUGAAUUCGGAUACGUGCAAAGAGCGAUUGCAUGGAUAUAAAAAUGGGAGAGGAGUAUCGAAAUAAGAUUGAUGAUUCUUUCCUUCAAGAGGAAUUAAAGGUCAUUCAAGAACAGCUAAUGAAUAGAUACAAGAACAAUUAUGCAUAUAUGACACAUUUCCUUUGUAGUGAAGAUAACAACUUUCCAAUAGAAGAAUGUUUUAUGGAUGUAAAACUUCAAAAAACCGAUAUUUUUCGAUGCAAAACUGGAGAAACUAUUCAAAUUAAAGAUAUUUUUCCUAAAGAAACUAACAGGCGUCGAACAGUUUUGAUCACAGGAGAUCCAGGAUGUGGUAAAACGACCAUUUGCAGAAAAAUCGCAUAUGAUUGGGGAAAGAAUGAAGAAUGUGAUUAUUUAAGACAAUUCGAUGUUAUAGUGUUAAUUGAAUCACAUGAAUUAGUUAAGAGGAAUACGUGUAAAUCUCUAAUCAAUUAUAUUAAUGAGAAUUUCAACUUAAGGAAUCAACUAAGAGAACCUGCAUGGAACUUACUGAUCAUUUUAGACGGAUUUGAAGAAAUAUGCUAUAAAGAAAUUUUAAAAGACUUUAUAUCAAUCGACUCAUGCUUCAUUUUUCCAAAAGUGACAAUUGUUCUUACCAGUCGUCUACCUAUCUCAGAUCAAAUUAGUAUACACUUCAAAGACCAAUAUUGCAUCGAAGGAUUCUCUUUAGAACAGAAGGUAAAUUACAUCGACUGUAUGAUUAAAGAAGACAAAAAUAAAAAGGAUUAUCUCACCAAUUUCCUAAAAAACGAUGCUUUUGAAUUAGCACAAUGCCCACUAAUGUUGCAAAUGUUAUGCUUCCUUCCUGAUAGUUCUGUUUACAGUGACAUAAAGACAACGACUGAUUUGUUCAUCUCCACUUUUCAUGCUAUUAUAGAAAGAUAUAAAAGGGAGAAAGCACACAAUCAAACACUGAAAAGGGGAACAUUUUUUGAUGGAGAAGAUUUAAUCCUAAAAUUAGGAAACUCGUGCUAUAUAAAGGAAUUUCAGCAACUCAAUAAGGAUGGUGUUUCAGGUACACAGAGAUUAACAGAUGAUGAUUUCCGGAAAACUUUCAGUUAUGAUGAUGAAUACCAAUUUAUCAUUGGGCUGGAUAUAUUUAAGAAAGAUUCGGAGGGAAACAGUGAACAAUGUAUCGAAUUUAUUCAUAAAUCAUUUAUGGAAUUUGUUGUGGCUUUUUACAUUUUUCAUUCCAUGGACACAGUUACGAUUCCAUACGUACGUGGUAUUUUGUUAUUCAUUUUAGGUUUGUUUAGAGACGAUCCGUUUACAGGAAACUUCUUAAAUUUUCUCAGAGGAAACUUCUUUCAUCCUGUAACAUGGAGGAAUUUCUACAAUGAGAUUAGAAACGAAAACAAUAGAGAAAUAUUUCGAGAGGAAACGAGAAUUGUCUUUUAUUACGAUUGUUUUGACGAAUUAUUGAAAUUAUCAACUACUUCUGCACUCAAUCCAAUAUACAUUUGCAUACCUGAUCCUUUUGAUAUUUAUGAGUUAUUUACCAUCUAUUUAGAUUUAUGCGAAGAUUUUUAUAACACUAUUAAAAUAUACAGAAAGACAAAGAAAGAAUUGAUGAAAUUAGAUAAAAAUCUGCCCUGUAACCAUACUAAAGUAUACGUCAUAAUACAAAAGACAUUUAGUGAAAAUCCACCUUCUGAUCUUGGCAAUAGAUACAGAAAUCUUCAUAAAUUCAUUCACUUUUUAAGAUAUUUAUUCAAGGGAGACAAUUGGGAAAACUUCAGACUUUAUUUUCACGGCAUUGUUCACAGUUUUAAUUCAGAAUUUUCUAUUAUCUGCGAGGAAAAUGUUGAGACUUUUAGUAAAGUUGAUCGAGAUUCUGCAGAAGAGAUGAGAAAGGAACUUAAUUCGGUAUUCAUAAGAGAAGUUAUAAACAAGGAGAGUGCAUCCGGCGACCCAUCCGAAGGACCAAUGGAUUGCUUGGAACCAUUCAGAUUGAUCGAUUUAUCUUCAGAUGAGAAUAUAAUAUAACUUGAUAAACAUCUCGAAAGAAUUGAUUGUUGAAAAUUGGAGGUAACUCUUCCUCAAGCAUCUGCAGCAGGUGGAAAUAUAUAAUGUCACCCUCAGCUAUAAACUUUUGUGAUGUUGACUCCUCCCACAAAACAUGGAAGUCUUUCUAUGAAAUAUAAAUCUCAUUAUUCUACUCCUCCUCAUUCUCUUAUGUUAUGUCAUUUCCCCUGCGCAAGUGUUCUGCAAUUCCCCAUUUGUCUCAUAAUUUGUUUACCUGAUGCUUAAUCAACAUGGGCAAAAAUGUUCCCACUUGUUAUAAAAACUGCUGGUGUGUAGGCUUUGUGUUUGUGUUAUUUUCAGGUAAUUAAAGACGACAAAUACUGCAAGUUUUUCUCUGAAUAAUGAGACAAAGGAUCUUGCAUUAGAAUUCUUCUAAAAGAAUUAUGGCGACUUGCUAUUUUAUAAUAUUGGACUUGUUAAUAAUAACUACAAUUGUUAAAUUUACAAAAAUAUAAAGAUAUAAUACAAGAGACAAUUAGUUGUAACCUCAUUAGAUGAAACCAAACUGACAGAAAAACACCUUUAACCAACAUAAUAAUAACUUGCAAUAUAACAAUUCUAAGUCUUUGAUUACAACUGACUGGCAUUUAGCUUAAAAUACACUACAUAUAAAUAAAAAAAUAUGAAACUGAAAAGAGCUAACUUAAGCAAUUUCACCAUAUUUGAUUCUUUCCUACAAUUAUAACUCAUACAGAAAGAGUGAAGUUUGAAUAAUGAAAAUAAAAAGGCAAAUAUCAUGAGUAACUAAAUAUAAACUAUGAAGAAACAUUCUUGUGCUACUUGACAAUGCAAUAAUAUUUAGCAUUUUUAUCAAAAAUUUGACUGGUUUGCCUUCUGGGUUGGCUUGUCAUAUAAGGCAAAGCAGCAAGUCAGGCGACUGCCACAACUAGCAAAAUGAACAGUCAAAAAUGCUCAAAAGAAAAAGAAAAUAGUUAAUAUUAAUAAACUGAAUACAAUAAAGUUCUAUAAAUGUACUUUAAAGUUGUUUAUACUUGAGUGCAAGUACUAGAAGUGCUCUUUAUUAGUAACUAUUCCAGAAUCACAGGUAGAAAAACUAACUUUUGCCUCAGAUGUAAGUUAUUUAACUAGCACUGUCUGCAUCAGUACAUUCUGAUGUUCUUUCAGUGUAACUCCAUUUUGCAACUAUGGGAUUUUGAUGUGUCUUUAUUAGUGGCAAAUGGUGAGAUUAGAGACACAAAAUCAACUGAAAAACCAUAAAAUAAACUCUAGUGUGUAUUUUAUUGAUGGAACAUGGAUAAAUGUUUUCCAACACUGGAUCUUCUUCAGGUACCAUAUUUUUUAAACAAAAUGCAAUUAGAACUUCCUUGUAACUAUCUCAAAUACUCAAUACUUCAAAUGCAUUUUAAAAUAUAAAAAUUGGUGUUGUUCAUCGGAAAUAUUAAAGUAAUAGCAAUAUACAAACUAUGGUAGAAUUAACAAAAAAACAUUAAUGAUGUUCAAGUGACAUUUUUAACUCUAUUUUGCAAUAAGAUAUUUAAUAUUUAACACCAGGUUAUGAUCUCUUAAAUAAUGAUUGCCUUACAAAGGAUAAAUGUCUUUCAUUUUCUUACACUCAUUACUUUUCUCUUUCAUUUCAGCCUUGUAAAUUUCAAUGGCCACAAUGAUGUAAAAUCUUUGUGAUGCAUACAUUCGGGAUGUGUUCUCGAAAUCAACAUGUAUAUCAUCUUCUGAUACAUAUAUCGACAGUGCAGUGGACAGUUUUCAAUUGUUAGUAUCAUAUUCAAGUCUUUUCUUGUAAUGAGAAACUGAUGAAUCUGAUAUAUUCCAACUUACAUUGAGUCUGUACUCUACUGUUGGUAUUUUGUAUAUCCCCAGUAGUUGCAACUAGUUGACAGCAUCUUUGUUGUACAUAGACAGGUUAUGCAUGUAGGAAAGUUUAUCAUUCUUGCAUUGGACAGGUUUAAUGUUGUAUGUAUUCAUAUGUUUCAAACAUGCAUGAUAUAUAUAAUGCAUGUUUGAAAGAUUGUUGUGAGAAAUUUGUGUAAAAGCAAUUCAGGAGAAGCAGUAAAAAAUAAGUUGGCAUGUUUAUGUAACAGAAGAUAUAUUUUAUAAAUUUCUUUAAUGACUAUGUUUAUAAAAGUAUUGUAUUAGAAGCAACAGUCCACAGAAGUAGGCACUAAUAAAUGAUUGUUUCAAUAUUUGGCCAAAGAAAUGGUGCCUAGGGCAAGCUUUAAUGAAAUGCAUUUACAGUUUCUGUAUACUAUUCAUUUACCUAUUGUCAAAUUUUUUAUUAUUUUAUCAGUAUAAUGUAUAUAGGUGAUAUAUUGUUUACUACAAUAUCUAAGUUAUUAACUGUAUUGACAAAAGUAACAUUACAAAUUUAACUUCUCAAAACAGAAUAUGUUAAUAAACACUGCACAUAUCUUAAUUAUUUUUACUUUUAUGUCUUUAAUAUUUUACUCUGUUGUUUCUAUAUUGUCUAUAGGACUUUUUGAAUAACACUUCCUCACUUUACUAAUCAGAAAUUACACCAGUAUAUAGUAAUCAUCUCAGUAACUUUAGUUUAAUACCAGUAUUAUCUUAAAAAUGAUGAAUGUUUUUGAACACCUUGACUGUUCUGCUUCAGGUCAGGUCAGGUCAGUUAUACCAGUAAUAAUAAGUCUUAUUUAUAAAAAAAAAUCAAGUAGACAAUACAGUC